AUGACAAAUAAUGGCCGGGGAGAGAUCGGAAGGGUUUGUGGUACAAAAUCCUCGCGGAGAUCUCAACUUACUCUGAGAGACAUCCUAACAUUUACCAACCUAUUGCAACGCUCGAUCCCGGCAAAAUCAGCGUGGGCACAGAGACAGGAACAAGAAAGGCAACGAGGCGAGUCGAAACAGGCGCUGCACGCAGCCACUGCUAGCGGGGAUCAUCUCAAUCCGCCCGGGGAUCUUGCAGCGGUGCUUGGAAACUUGGGUGCGCAGCAACAAAGAAACACAUCAUCAAGGGGAGUGAGGAACGAGCGAGCGAGCAAGAUGAACCCGUACUCCGGACAACCGGGCUACCCCAACGGGCCGUACGUUCCCGGGCAGCAGUCGCCGUCGUUCCCCGACCUCGGCGGCGCAGCCGCCGGCGGGGACGCGGCGGCCGGCGGACACGGCCACGGCCACGGCGGAGCGGCGACUCGGCGGUGGCAGCGUCACGACGCGCUCGCCCCGCUCGGCACCCCGGGCAGCAGCAGCAUCGGGAGCAUCAGCGGCGGCGGCGCGAGCGGCAGCUUCGGCUUCGCGCCGUCGCCCCACUACGGCGGCGGAGGCGGCGGCGGCGGCAGCUCCUCCCCGUCGUCGCUGGGGUCUGCCUCCUGGUUGCCCCAAGUCCAGCACGCGCCGCACCUGCAGCAGCAGCAGCACCUGCAGCGCCUGCAGCAGCAGCAGCAGCAGCAGCAGCAGCAGCAGCAGCAGCAGCAGCAGCAGGACGAUGACGAUGACGAUGAUGGUGAUGGUGAUGAUGAGGAGGAAGAGGACGAGGCCUUGCAGCAGCAGCAACAACAGCAGCAGCAGUACUGGCCGCACGCGUCCGUGCAAAAGCCGCAGAACCCCCUCCAGAGGUCGCCGCCUAUGCGCUCGCCGAGAUGGCUGAUGCAGCACGUGGCCAACGGCCGCGGCGGCAACGGCAACGGCGGCGGAGGCGUUGCCCCUGCCUACACGGUGGGCGGCGAAGGGCAUGUCGGCGGCCACGGCUGAUAUGACGGCGGCACCCAUGGUGGGCGCUAGGAAUUGGACGCCAGGCCGGAUGGACGCCCAGGCCUUCCCCACCCUACACGGGUCGUUCCCCUACAUCGACGCCAAGGUUCUGUCCCCACACGCGCGAGGGCAAGAGGGGCAAGGGUGGAGGGGUGACCACCCCGGAGAUGCCGGGGGGCGCCGUAGCAUGGCGGUGUCGAUGUGCAGUCCCCGUGCCUAAGGGCCAAGCAGGAACGUGCGUGCACUGCUAUCGGCCGUGUUCAUGAGUGGAGACGGGGCUGGGCUGCUGCUCUGCCAUUCUUGUCGGCGGUAGGAGGCAGCAAAGCGGCGUUUUCUCGGAAAGGGGGGGUUGUAUGCGGUGGGUUGGAGCAAUACGAUAUGUUUGCAACUAGAUUGAUCCACGGACGAAACACACGCACACACGGACAAGACAGAGGGGUAGUUUUGGGCCAUUUAGGUUUUUGCGUCAUAUAUUCUGAUUGGGGGAUCACGAAGGUUUCGGAGGGAUGCUGCGCGUGGUAGUUCCUUUCCUGCGGCAUUCGGUGUACGCACUUCGAGGGUGCCAUCGAGAAGCCGAGGAGGUAAUGUUGUUAUUACUUGUCGUUGCUGUGUUUUUUUUUAGUGUUCAAUGCCUUCGUACUUUCCCGUGUUGAAUUGAUUUGGUCCUCUUUGUUUCGUGUGUGUGUUAAUACUGAAAACUGUUCAUCGGCCUCGUCAAUGAGGUUGAGCAACCGUUUGGUUUUUUCGUUCGGUGGUUUGACGUGUUGCAAGGCUUGCGUGAGGUGGGUGAGGGGACAUUUAUCACUAUCGGUGGGUGGGUGCCUGAUUUGUUUGUUUGACGUUGGUGAAAGAGAAAGAGAGGUGAGUAUUCCAGCUGACACAUAAAUGCUGCGGGGUAGUAAAGGGGAGGUUCAUGGGUAAGGAUACUGCGCACGUGUACAGCUGUUGCGUGCGCACGAGUCCCUUCCGUGUUUUUCUCGGCGACCUCAUCGGUACAUGAAGUGCCAUCAACGCAGGGUUUUGUGUUGUGCUUUUUUUUUGUAGUACCGUGUGUGUGCAAGAGAUGGAUGCGUAUGACCACCCACCUGGUGCGUGACUCUACCGAGUGUACAGUAAGAAUAUUCCCGUCGGAACCUUGCUUUCCCGGCAGUUGAACGGUGAACGAGUAUUUGCUCUCGUUGUCAGGGUGAAGUGUGCACCGUACCAUCGAUGUCCACUGGCGCGAUGCUAGGGACGAUCCCACCAGAUAUUAGUCAAACGGGCGCAUCGCUUUCCCCCCCUCCCUCUCAGGUAGACAACAGUUUGUUUUUGCAUCCACCUCUCAUUCUUUUAGUGCCGCUUUUAUCCCUUGUUGUGGAUUCGCCCCUACGGAAUGCGUGCAUUGAGGGUGCUCUUUUCUGCGCUUUGCCGCGGAGGGGGGGGUAGGAUGGCAUGGCGGCGUGAUAAAUGAGAGGUGUGUGCGUGUAGCAGAUCGUUGCCAUGGGCAAAAUUAUGUCUUGUCUGUGCCACGUGGUCUGUGUGCAAGACCAAUUGACGUGUAAUAGCGUGCGAUAUGUAUAGGAUGUGUGUAUAGAUGAGGAGAGGGGAAAGAAGAGACCAAGUGGUAAGCUCAUCUCAUCCCCCCUCUUUUGCUGUGUGUCUCUGUAUUGCUCUUGUAUUUCGCUCGGGCUCUGGUACGUGUAAAUACCCAUGACGUCACUAUCAACCACCCUUUCUUCGGAGAUUUCGAAGGAAAGAGCAUGAUGACCUCGGACUAAUGAUGAUCGAUUUUGUCACACACCAGAGGGGGAGGGGGUCACACACUGGCUGAUUUUGGUCGCGUAGGAGCCGCAGAUGUGUGUUUCACCUUAACGUGCUGUCUGUGUCAGCCUUUGUUUUAGUUAUGAUAAUC